CGACGAUAUGGCGGUGGUAGGAUAAAUUUGGAACAACCGUUCGGGAGAUGAAACUCGCUUAUGUUACGGUCUCUACUGUCUUAGUUUCGUGCCGAGGAUUAUUCCCAGUGUGUCUCUCGUGUUAACGAGAAGAGAGAGACAGAGAGAGAAAGAGAGAGAGAGAGAGAGAGAGAGAGAGAGAGAGAAAGAGACAAAGAGAGAAAGAGAGAGAGAGAGAGAGAGAGGGAGAGAAAGAUACUGGGAAGUGUGGAUGACGUCGACAUUUGGACGGUUUAUAUAGAUAUGUAAAAAGUGUGUGACGAAAUUUUUCUCUUUUUUUUCCUACUUUCUUUUUUCUUUUUUUGCUUUUCUUUUUUUUCUUUUUUUUUCGAAAAUCUAUACAACGAAAUAUCAUCGAUGAUCGAUUAGACUUGUCGAGUAAUGUCCGAAUCAUAUUCGUUGUUCUGAUCUAAUGGGUUGUACGUUCAUUAUUUUAUUGUGAAUGAAGGCACGCGGUUAUACUUAUAUGUCCGACUAAGUGACAUUGCGUACGUAACAAAAGAAAAAAAAAGAAAAAAAAAAGAAAAAGAAGAAAAGAAAAAUAGAUUAUCAUAAUCUUCAUCGUGAUAUCAUUUCCAAAAGUUCUCCUACGUAACUCUACAUACGUACUUACGUACUUGCCUACUUAUGUUACGUAUGUAUAUAAAUAUGUACGUAUCUAUGUAUGUAUUUUCAUUGAAUCGUUUCUAAUAUCCUCCUCCGUCUAUCGAAUGAUUUGUAUAAUAUACAAAGAGUUUCAAAAAUAAAUCUCCGCGUCUACGAGAGAACGUUUGGAUUGAAAGAUUUUGUAACACGUGGAUUCCAUGGAACCGGUAUGAAGAAGAAAUAUAUUCAACAGACGUUAAAAUAAAUAGAACGAAAUAAGUGAUGAACACGUAAAAAGUUUAAAGGAAAAAAAGGAGCAACGGAUAGAUAUAUAUUUCCUAUGUCUGUCAGGAAUUGACACAUCGUGAAUUGAAAACGUUAGACGAUAAUAUCCUGUCGUUUUGAGAUAAGUAAAAUGUCACAUACAAGAUUGGAAAUAUAUGAUCCAUUUGCUGAUCUCGAGAAACCUUCGAGAUGCAUAAAAUUCUUACGUCUUCUUUGGAAGUUUAGCAGAUGCGUAUUCUCUCACGUAACGUUGGUCUCCCUGGUUGUGGCAUAUUGUGUCAUAGGUGCAUAUGCCUUUGAAUCCCUUGAGGCAGAUCAUGAGAAACAGAUAAAGAAAAACGUGAAGUAUUUAAGAGGAAACAUAACGGAAAAGCUGUGGAAGUUGACGAAGGAAGUUGAGGUUUUAGUACGAGAAAAUUGGACGUUGGAUGCUUUACGAGAGUUACAGGGUUUCGAAAGCAAUUUGUUUACGUUACUCAGAAAAGAAGGUUGGGAUGGAAGCGAAGAGGAAAAUAAUAUACAAUGGACUUUUGCCGGUGCCCUAUUCUAUUCAAUUAUUGUAAUCACGACGAUUGGAUAUGGUCACAUAGCACCUAAAACUAAAAAUGGAAAAGUCGUAACGAUAUUCUACGCUGUCGUUGGAAUACCUUUGAUGCUUCUCUGUUUGUCUAACAUCGGUGACGUAAUGGCAUCAAGCUUUAGAUUCUUGUAUUGGAAAGUAUGUUGUUAUGUAUGUACGAAGCCACCAAAGAAGAGACGUUCACGUCCCAGUUUAGUAAGAUCCUACUCAGCAAGGCAAUCAGGGCGAUACGACAUUAACAACAGAGCUGCAUCUUUCCGACGUUCGAUUAGGCUGAGUCAGAGAUCGACUGACGGAACAUUAGGAAUUCCCGAAGGUUUGACACGAACUUCUUAUUCGGAUACGGAUUGCAGGGAUAAUUCUCGACGUUCGAAUGGAAUGGACCAAAGGAGAAUCUAUUCUUAUCAGUUAUCUUCUCCUACGGCAUUAAGGCCAACGACCUCCUUCAGAAAUACGGAUAUACCUUUAUCCUCUCUAAAAUUAACAAAAGGUAAUCCUAGAUUAGGUACUCAAUCUCUCGAUCGAAGAUUAACAAGUGGAACUAUAGAAACUGAUCAUUCGCCUGUUCUAUGUAAUAAAUAUGCUUUGGAUGAUGUCGAGGAUGAUUUGUUUUUAUGGCAAUCUACGUCACGAAAUAAACCCGAAUAUGUUAGCAAGUUUGGUAAUCGUGCACAAGUAGAAGAUAAAUUAGAGGACAUUGAAAGACAGCCUACAUCGAUAACUAGAUCAUUACCAAGAAGAUUUCAUUCGGUGGAAAGUGCCAUUCUACCUCCACAGAGAUCAACAUUAUCAACUCCGUAUCAAUUAUCAUCAGGCCAUUUAUCAGGAAUCGAACAAAACAGAAGAUAUUAUUCAGAAAGGAUUAGACGUUCGCCAAGUAAUUAUUCCAAUGCACGUUUCCACAGACGAGAAGCAUCGUUACCGAGAAUUUUGUCUCCGAUGGGAUUUGCGAUGCACCGACGUACUUGUACCGAUGAUAUAGACGUUGAUUAUGAGUUUUACACCACAACCGACGAACAAGAAAGACAACCGAUAAAGCCAGUACCCAUUUGGCUUUGCAUUUUUCUCGUUGUUAGUUACAUAUUGGGCGGUGCUUGUCUAUUCAGCAGAUGGGAAAAGUGGACUUUUCUCGAUAGCGCUUAUUUCUGCUUUAUUACUCUUACUACUAUAGGAUUCGGUGACUUCGUGCCGAAUAAAUUGGACGCUCACAAAGGAAUAGCCCUGUGCUCGUUGUAUCUCUUAUUUGGAAUUGCUUUAUUGGCGAUGAGUUUCAAUUUGGUCCAAGAGGAAGUGAUCAAUAACGUUAAAAGCAUUGCGAAAAGUUUGGGUAUAUUGAAAGAUAGCGACGACGAGUAUGACGAGGAUGACGAUGACGAUGAGGAUGAUUACAGGUACGAUGCGGAAUACGAAGAUGACGUCGAUGAGGAUGAUUUUGAACAACGAUAUGAUAACAGCCAAAGAAAAUCUUCUUAUCUCGAUGAACAAUCAAGUUCGAAGAUAUCAGAGUUAGUUAAGAUAAGAAAAAAAAAGAAAAAAAAAGAAAAAAAAAAGAAAAAAAAAAAGAAAAAAGGAGAGAAAGAAAGAAAGAAAGAGAAAGAAAAAUUAAAUCAUCGAGAUCACAAUUUCGAUAAAAUGGAAACGAACAAAUCGUUGCAUAGACCAUCAACAACGAAUGGACAGUGGCAACGUGGAAGUUAUCGUUAUCAAUGUGAAAGAAGGAAACGGCGACGACGGAAGCCUUGGAGCGAGAAGAUAUGUGACUGGACCAGGACACUGAUAGCCUUCCUCUUCAGUAACGUUGGCAUAGUAUGCCUCGUCGUAGGUUAUACUAUAGUCGGUGCUUUCCUGUUCACUUAUAUCGAGGCCAAAGACAGCUUGGACAUAUCCGGUGACGUCGUCAAGCAAAGAAACAUCACGGCUGCUAAGCUUUGGGACUUGACCUCAAAGGAGAACAUAUUCUCUGAGAGAUUAUGGAAAAAAGAAGUUAGAAAUAUAUUAGAGAGGUAUCAACAAAAAAUGGUUAAAAAUAUAAGAGAUGGUUAUGAGGUUGUUACUGAAGAACACAAAAAGUGGACUUUUGCGGGUGCAUUUCUUUACUCUCUUACUGUCAUUACGACGAUCGGCUAUGGGAAUAUUUGUCCUAAAACAAAAUGGGGUAAAUUGUGUACUAUAAUAUAUGCCAUAAUCGGUAUGCCAUUGUUUCUACUUUAUUUAAGCCAGAUAGGAGAUAUUUUUGCUAAAAGUUUCAAGUGGAUUUACGCAAGAUGUUGUCUUUGCAAAUGUCAUAAGAAAUCACAUGAUCCGAUUAAUUUGGAAGUAUUAAAAUUACGUACGGAAAUGAAAGUACAAAGAGAUCAAUGGCAGCACGUAGGAGAAACAGACAUAUCUAAUGUUUAUCAAGAUGUCAAUGUAACAGAAAUGAAUAAUAUUAAUAGAAAAGAAAGUAUGAACAAUAAGAUCAACGAUGAUGACGAUAGCUACGAUUACGAUCCACAACAAGUAACAGUACCAUUAACACUUUGUCUUGGUAUUAUGGUGGGAUACGUUAUAGCAGGUGCUUUACUAUUUUCAAAAUGGGAGGAUUGGAACAUGUUAGAUGGAUCUUAUUUUUGUUUCGUUUCAUUGUCAACAAUUGGAUUUGGCGAUAUAGUACCGGGUGAUAGAAUUUAUUCGGGACAAGGACUCGAAUUAUCCUUCAUAUUUUGUUUCAUGUAUCUCAUGCUUGGUAUGGCACUCAUCGCUAUGUGUUUCAAUCUGAUGCAAGAGGAAGUAAUUGCUAAAGUUCAUACUUUGGCACGUAUGAUCAAAUACAUCUUCAGAUGCGACAGGUGAUGAUAUUAAGAUGAUUAAAAACGUUUGAUAACUAUAUUCGAGUUCAAUCGAUCUGAAGGAAAAACUAAAGGAAUUCAAAAGAAAUAAAAAGAAAAGGAGAAAAAAUUACUCCAGGAACAACCUGUUAGUCUUACAUCGUUCUCAUUCGCUUGGACUGAUCUUAUCAUUUUCAAGGAAUUAUAUAUAUAUAUAUAAAAAAAAAACCACGAAUCUUAAAAUCCAAGAGAUUGAAGUUUCGUAUUACAAUUUAUGAUAUUCGAAGACAUUCCUACGUCAAUCGUACAAAAGAAAAAAAAAAGAAAAAAGAGAACACGAGCAAGAUUACGUGUAUAGGAAGAACUUCGAAGCUUUUCUCGCUCAGUGAGAGAGGAGAGGAAAUCAUUCUUCUAAUUUAUGCUUUCCCUGGGGGAUGACUGACAACAAGUGGUUGCCGUCGCUUACGGAGGAAAUUAAUAGACGAUUGGGCAAUCAAUUUCUGUUUAACUUUCGAAAGGCAAUGGUAAAAUGUAAUAUUUGAGUGAAAUACUAGAGGAUUUCAUCUUUGACAGGAAAUUAAUCUUGACAGAAUCUAAAUGGUCGAAUAACUAAACGACGUUGAUAGUAAAGAAAACGAAAACCCUUGGGAAAGAAGAAGAAAGAAGAGAAGAGAAAAAUGAUGUGGUAGUGACGAUGAUAAUAGUAAUAGUAGUAGUAGUAAUUGUAGUAGUAGUAAUAAUAAUAGUAGUAGUAGUAGUAAUAAUAAUAAUAGUAGUAGUAGUAGUAGUAACGUUAACUCCAUGUAUAUGUACAAGUACUAUAUCAAGGAAGAAAGGUUCUUUCAAGGAAAAGUUGUUAUCGAAGAAUACAGGGUGUAUUAAAGUAA